AUGGCCACUGAGUUGGUCGACGACACGAACCCCCGCGUGCAGUACCAGGCCGGCUGGAUAUGGGACCAGGGCGUCGCCGAGGUGGACGCGACCCGGCACGGCGCUGCCAUCGCAGGAAUCGUCGCAUACCUCUCGUUCACCGGCACCGGGGUGCGCGUGAUCGGCACGCUGGGGGAUUCGAACACGUACGGACAGCCGAAGACGGACUACUGGGUGGAUGGGAACUUGGUGGGCUCGUACAGCGCGCCGCACACGGCGCAGACGACGUACAACGUGACGUUCUUCACGAUGGAGAACCUCUCGUCGGGGGACCAUAUCGUGCGCAUCAACAAUACGGAUGGGACGCAUCCGAAUACAUUUUGGCUCGACUACUUCCUCAUUGACAAGCAGCCGGUCGCGACUACGACCUCGACCUCGACGACUGCUCACUCGCCGACCCAGCCGGCCAACGUCCAGCCGACUACCACGGUCAACAACGUGCGGCCGGUUACGACGACUCAUACUCAGCCGACUGUCACCGUCAACGUCCUGGCUACCACGACAAGUACCAGCUCCCACACGGCGACAUCUAUUCAAAGUAACUCCCAGACAACGCCGACCAUCAGCUCGCAGUCAAGUCUGACGAAUAGCACCACUCCCGCUUCGUCGUCAGCGUCCUCUAUCACCGGGAGCUCGGUUGCCGCCAUCCAGUAUGUGACCUCAGUGAGCGGGACUGAAACGAUCGUGUCGCCCGUGAGCAACGCGACGCCGGUGGGAGCUGCCCAAACCUCCGCAGCAGGCCCAACAAACAGCAGCAGUUCCGAUGCUGCAUCCACAUCGCAAUUGAAUGUGGGGGUCAUCGCUGGGGCCGCGGUCGCCGGUGUCGCCAUACUCGCUAUUCUUGUCAUCGUGUUCCUAUGUUUAAGACGCAGGCGUGUAUCUGCCACACAAGCGAAAACAGCCACUCCUUUUGACCCAACCCAACACCCUGCACCGCGAGCAUCAGGCGCGACUGCUCCCGCGAUGCGGUACAACUCGGCGAAUGCGGCCGCGGUCCUCCCCGUCUCGCACGCCAGCCACUCCGAGCAUCCCCCCGCGUCACCUUCAGAAGUCGCAUCCGAGAGCGUCGGAGACCAUUCUGAAUUCUACUCGCUGUCCGCGUCGAGCGGGUCCGCAUUGCUCUCCCCACAGGGACGUUCGACCUCUCCAACCCGCGCCCCACCGCCCUCUACAUCAUACCACCCGUCUGCGACUUCAGAGAAGGGCUACGGCACGCCAUCGCUCGGAUUCUCCACCGACCCCAGCACGCGCCCAGCGUCCCUAUAUACCCCAAGUACGCCUCAUCCCCCACCAUCCCCCGCAUUCUCGAACGCGAGCGGCGCGACGCUCAUACCGCCCGCCGCGGCGAUCCCUCCCGGCGCGUGGCACGCGCCCCCGGACUCGCACGGCCGCGCGCACACGCUGCUCCGCUCGCUCUUCUCGCGCAGCGGCUCCCGCACGGUCCCAAGUGACGAACUGCCAGUCGCGUCGAGGGAUGUGGACUCGGGGCUGCGGCUGUACGACGACGUGGUGCUGCCGCCACCGUACACACAGGACUAA